AUGGAGAGGAAUGAGAAAAAGACAGAUUCCAUUAAGGCUUCACUAAAACGUUUAGAAGCUCAAAUGGAACAAAUUGUUGAAGAGAUUAAUAAAGAGGAACUAUCAAGUCAACCUGAACAGGCCAAUUCCAUUACUACUAUUAGAAGAGGUGAGGUUGUCGAUAAUAUUGCUAUGAAAACUGAAAGGAAUUUUUCUUCUUAUGCAGGUACACCUAAAAAUGAUGGAUUAGUGCAAAGCAAUGAGGAAAGCAUACAAAAGGAAGAAAAAGUAGAGCCUAAUCUUAGACUGGAGAAGAAAGAAAAGGAAGCAUUUUCUAGACCUAAAUUUCAUAAGGCAACUCAGCCUUAUAGGAAUAAACCAGCUUAUACAAAAUUCUUUGAAGAGUUGAACACCAACAAAAGGCAAUAUGCGAACAACGAAAAAGUACAAGCAGUAAGUGUAAUGCUUCAACAUCAAUUGCCCCUUAAGAUGAAGGAUCCUGGUAGCUUCACCAUUAAUAUUACAAUAGGUGAUAAAAAUGAUAUAAAAGUCAUGUUAGAUUUGGGAGCAAGCAUCAACUUGAUGCCGUAUUCGAUGUAUGAACUACUUGGCUUGGGAGAGUUGAAUCCUACCACUAUGUCUCUACAAUUUGCAGACAGAUCGAUAAAAUAUCCUAGAGGUAUAGUGGAAGACUUGCUAGUACAAGUAGGUAAGUUAAUAAUUCAAGUUGAUUUUGUAGUACUUGACAUGGAAAACGCACCAGCAAGGGAUAAAGAGCAAACCAUAUUCCUUGGUAGACUUUUCAUGGCAACUACUAGAACUGUGAUUGAUAUGCAUGAUGAAAAACUUACCAUGACAGUUUUAGGAGAAACUGCGGAAUUUAAAAGUUUUCGUGACACUUUAGAUGUUCGCAUUAAAAGUAUAAAGCCAUACUUAAAAGGAAUGACUUAUGAUGAAGAGGUGGAGUGCGCGAAUGAACACCCACCAUGA